ACGCGUUUAGGUGUAACCUAGCACGUGUUCCUCACUGACUUCAAUAUUCAAACUUCCGUAACCACAGCGCAACAAGCUCAAGAGUUGCGGGCCGAGCAACCCCGGAAAACAUUCCAUCACCAAAGGAACUACAAAGACCGAAAGCAACAAGAAAACAAGCGCAAAUAUGUCUGAUAUUGGGGAUGAGAUGGACGUUGACGUCCCCGUUGUCAGCAAAGAUGUGAUGUUUUCCUCUGAAGCCAAGCAAGGCAAGCGAAGUGCUGCCAAUCUGCCAGUUGAGGCUGAGGAUAGUCUCCCUUGGGUUGAAAAGUACCGCCCAAACACCCUCGACGACGUCUCGGGCCAUCAAGAUAUCCUCGCUACUAUCAACAAAUUCAUUGACCAGAAUCGUCUCCCUCAUCUACUCCUCUACGGUCCUCCAGGUACCGGAAAAACGUCGACAAUUCUGGCCCUUGCUCGUCGUAUCUACGGAGCUGCGAAUAUGCGCCAAAUGGUUCUCGAACUCAAUGCCUCAGAUGACCGUGGUAUUGAUGUAGUGCGGGAGCAGAUCAAGACAUUUGCUAGUACCAAACAGAUCUUCUCCUUGGGUGGUGCAUCUGCCCGCGCAGGCAACUCGAUGGCUGGAUUUAAGCUCAUUGUUCUGGAUGAGGCUGAUGCUAUGACGAGCACAGCCCAGAUGGCGCUACGACGGAUAAUGGAGAAGUACACCACUAACACACGAUUCUGUAUCAUUGCAAACUAUUCCCACAAGCUUAGCCCAGCACUUCUGAGUCGAUGCACACGGUUCCGCUUCAGUCCGCUGAAGGAGGGUGAUAUUAGGGUGCUGGUUGACAAGGUGGUGGAUGAGGAGCAUGUUAGGAUUGGCGGAGAGGCGGUCGAUGCGUUGGUGAAGUUGAGCAAGGGUGAUAUGCGAAGAGCACUGAACGUUCUACAGGCCUGUCACGCAUCAAGCACACCAUUGCGAGCGAAGGAUGCACCUAAAGUGCCUGACAGCGAAAUUGAACGCGAAAACAUCACAACGGAGACUAUUUAUAACUGCAUUGCGGCACCCCCACCUGAUGCCAUUAAAGAGAUUGUGUCGACGCUGCUGAAGACAUCUGAUGUCACAAGUUGUCUAAACACUAUUAACGCUCUCAAGGUGUCGCGAGGUCUUGCGCUGGCGGAUAUCAUCACGGCGCUCUCCGAGGAGUUGGUGAAGCUAGAGGUUGGUCCUGAGGUGAUGAUCACCUGGCUGGAUGGUCUCGCCAACAUCGAGCAUAGAGUCGCCGGUGGAGGCAGUGAGUUGAUUCAGACUGGAGCAGUUGUUGGAGUUGUCCGAAACGGAGUUGAGUUGAUGAGCCGAUAAUCUCAGGAUCUCUACAGCUAUCGAGCGUCGCGUCUUCACAAGGACGUAAUGAGUUGAUUGACAUUGAAGGCUGAAUAUUCGUAUGAUGUUACACAACGAUUAACUGUGCUACAAGCAAUAAAAGCCUUUUAUAGUACAUAGAUGAAACCAAUUAAGCAUCAUGGCGAUGAUUUUAACCCCAAGCGCCGC